GCGCCAUUGUUGUUUUACGUGGAUAAACAAAGAGGACGCGACGUGUAAUUUAUCUAUUUUUUCCAACGAGUUUUAAGAUUAAUUAAAAGAUAAACAUGGAGACUGCAAAUAGAAAAUCAGAAUGCCAACAAGCUGCUGAAACUAUAUCAAAGGAGGCCCCUGUAGCAAUUGAACUGGGCAAAGUCUCCCAUUCACAAGAUGACAAAGAAACAAUGCAAGGAAUUGUGCAUGCUACAAGCCCGCCAGAGCUCAUCAAAAUAAUGGUCCAUGGAAUGUCAUGUGGCAACUGUGCUCACUCUAUCGAGGAAGCCUUAGGGAAGAUUGAAGGUAUCGACAGCAUCUCAGUGUCGCUUGAGAAGGAGAUGGCUUCCGUGGAGUUCUACCCCGAGGAGAUAACUCCUCUACAACUCCGAGAUGCCAUUGAUGAUGUGGGGUAUGAAGCAGAGCUACAAGUGAAAGAACGACCACUGAGUCCCCAAGAUUGGGAGAAUUUACGUCAAACAAGGAUUGCAGCUGAAGCAAAUGAACUGCAAUCUCUUUUAUCAAACAUCGAUGAAAUUGUGCAGAGCAAGAAAGGUUCAUCUGACAACAUCAGCUCAAAGGAUAACAAACGGGAAACUGAAGCAGGAAUGGUGAAGUACACCAGCCUUAGCGACACUGAUGAGGAGCAUUGUGUCCUUAAGACAUCAGGGAAGGCAAAGUAUGAAGCCUUGAGCAGCAGGAGCAGCCAGGCAAAAUGCACCUUCAAUGUGUCGGGGAUGACAUGUGCAUCGUGUGUAUCCGCCAUCGAGAAAUCACUCAUGAAACAAAAUGGAAUCAGCUCGGCUCUUGUUGCACUCAUGGCGCAGAAGGCAGAGGUGACCUAUGACCCUGAUGUUGUGACCCCAGAGGCCAUACGAGAGAUGAUUGAAGACAUUGGAUUUGAUGCAGAGAUCCUUGAGGGGAUUGCUAAGGGUGGAGUUGAGACUGUUACUCUAAUAAUAACUGGUAUGCACUGCACCUCCUGUGUGGCCAACAUAGAGACAGUUGUGAAAGGUUUAGAUGGAGUGACACAGGCAUCUGUGGCAUUCUCUACAGCUACCGGUAUCUUCAAAUACAUAUCUGAUGAAAUUGGACCAAGAGCAAUCAUUUCAGCCAUUGAGGAUGCUGGGUUUGAAUGUAAGUUGGCCUUGGGCCAGACGCAUGGCUCUACUGCCCUCCAGCAGCAGAAAACGGUCAGGAAAUGGCGUAACUCCUUCUUGGUCUCCCUUAUAUUCGGAAUCCCAGUCAUGGCGACCAUGAUUUACUUCAUGGUCAACAAAGACCAUAAAGAGGAUCUGAUAUUGCUGCCAGGAUUAUCUUUGGAGAACUUGAUCUUGUUCUGCUUCUCCACAGUUGUACAGUUUGUCGGAGGACGCUACUUCUACGUCCAAGCCUACAGAGCACUGCGUCAUAAGACUGCCAAUAUGGAUGUCCUAAUCGUCAUGGCAACCCUGAUAGCGUAUUUGUACUCUGUGGUGGUUGUCCUGGUCGCCAUUAUCAAGAAGUCGGACUACAGUCCUGUCACUUUCUUUGAAACGCCACCAAUGCUGUUGAUGUUCAUUAAUCUUGGUCGUUGGCUGGAGAGCAUGGCAAGGUUGAAAACAUCCGAUGCCCUUUCUGAGCUGAUGUCUCUACAGCCAGCCGAAGCAGCCCUUGUCACUGUUGGUGAUGAGAUGGAAGUCAUCAGUGAGGAGAAUAUCAGUGUAGAGCUUGUUACAAGGGGAGACAUUCUAAAAGUCGUACCGGGAGGAAAGAUUCCGGUGGAUGGAAAAGUUAUUGAUGGUCUGACAUCCGCAGAUGAAUCUUUGAUCACAGGAGAGUCCAUGCCGGUUCACAAGAAGCCAGGAAGCAUUGUGAUUGGUGGAUCCAUCAAUCAAACCGGCACCGUCUUGAUGGAAGCAACGCACGUUGGAGCAGACACGACCCUUGCUCAAAUCGUUAAGUUGGUGGAAGAUGCACAAACAUCAAAGGCACCCAUUCAGCAAAUAGCAGACAAGAUAGCAGGAGUGUUUGUUCCUGGUAUCCUUAUCCUAUCCACCAUCACACUGACUGUCUGGAUUGCUAUUGGUAUGACACAUCCUGAUUUAAUUCCGACGUUCACUCCUGAGGGUGUAAACAGAACUACUGAAAUAACCAUUGAGUUCUCGUUCCAAGUGGCAAUAUCAGUGUUAGCGAUUGCUUGCCCCUGUGCACUAGGCCUUGCCACCCCUACAGCCGUUAUGGUUGGAACUGGAAUAGGAGCCCGCUGUGGGAUUCUGAUCAAAGGAGGAGAGCCCCUUGAACUUGCCCGGAGGCUAAAGACAGUCAUCUUUGACAAGACUGGGACAAUAACCUAUGGCGUGCCUCGCGUGAUGCGCACUAUGCUGUUUGUCGCCCUCUCUGAGAUCACUGAGGAGGAGUUCCUAGCAAUUGCUGGGACAGCUGAAGCAAGCAGUGAGCACCCUCUCGGUAUGGCAGUGACCAAACAUGCCAAAGAGAUGUUGCAGUCAGAUCGUGUGGGUAAAUGCACAGCCUUUACUGCAGAGCCAGGGUAUGGUCUACAGUGCACCGUCAGCCAUAUCAGCUUGAUGCUGAAUGCAAACAUGAACCAGCAGAACAAUGCAAGUAGUUCUUCCCCAGUGAUCAUCACUCCACCCAAGGAGCUUACCUCUUCAGAUGAAAUAGUGCAGGAGGAAGACUCAGGUGUGUACAAAGUCCUGAUUGGUAAUCGGGAGUGGAUGCGUGAAAACAACCUGACUGUAACUGAUGAAAUGGAUCACUCAAUGGCACAAUAUGAAGGGCUUGGACAAACUGCCGUUCUGGUCGCCAUCAAUGGAGUGGUGGCUGGUAUGGUAACCAUAGCAGAUGCAGUCAAAGAAGAAGCGAAGCUGGCUGUCAUUGUCCUGAAGGACAUGGGACUAGAUGUCGUGCUCUUAACAGGGGACAAUCAGAAAACUGCCAAUGCCAUUGCUAAACAGGUUGGCAUCACAAAGGUCUUUGCUCAAGUCCUACCCAAGCACAAAGUAGAGAAGGUCGAAGAGAUACAACAAAAGGGUCACAAGGUUGCGAUGGUUGGGGAUGGGGUCAAUGACUCCCCGGCUUUGGUCAAGGCGGACGUUGGUAUUGCCAUAGGAACAGGUACUGAUGUUGCCAUGGAAGCAGGAGACAUAGUUCUCAUCAAGAAUAAUCUUCUGGAUGUUGCAGCCGCCAUUGACUUGUCAAAACACACCGUCCGCCGAAUUUACAUCAAUUUCUUCUUUGCAAUCAUCUACAACAUGGUCGGCAUUCCCAUUGCUGCAGGUGCCUUGGCCCCUUUUCAAGUCCUCCUGACACCCUGGAUGGCAUCUGCUGCCAUGGCAUGCUCUUCAGUCUCCGUAGUACUUUCAUCACUUCUUCUCAAAUUUUACAAGAAGCCACGUUAUGAACUUUUAGGGAUUCAUGACACACCAGAUCUACAUGAAACAGUGUGAGCUGAAAGACUUCUAACAACCGGGCUCCCUGUCUCUGAAACAUACCCUUCCCACAAAACCAUACAUCUGCUUAUUGUUAUUUUAUUUUUAAAUAGCUACAUAUUUACAUUACUUCACAACACGCAAAUUCAUGUUUAAGUGUACCCAGGAAAAUUUAAUUAUUUUGUUAGCAAAUUUUCUACACGUUACUUUAAUCAUUAUUUGGUUUACAACAGUUAAGAAGCGACAGGUUCUUUGGGGUAGUCUUCCAACUGACAGUAUUUCAGGCGAACAAAAUGUAUCUAGUGGAGCACUGGUAUGAAUAUUACAAUUAGUUUAAAAUAUUUCCUUUUUGUGAUAAGCAUUCCUAUUAUUUACUUGUUCAUUCAUAUACAAAUAUACUCCAACUCUUAUUUCAUACUACAUGAUCACAAUAUGAUUUUCAAUACGAUUUAUUUUAUCAUUAAGAAGUGAAAACAGACCAAAAUGAACUUUACAGUGAAUCAAUCUGGUGUAAAAACUUGUCGGACUUUUUGUUGUUGAAUGUGUACACACAAUGAAUGAACCUUAAUGUGUUUUAGGCAGAACUAGUGGGGAAUUGAAUUGUUAUUAUUCUCAAACAAAAACAUUCUUCAUGUUUUAUUUACAUUAUGUACAUUUUUGUUUAUAAAAAAAUAAGUUUUUAUUCUACAUGUGUAGAUUCAUUUAUUUAUGUAGCUAAACAUUGGUCAAACACAUCUUAAACUUUGUAUUUAAUCAUUUUGACCUCUCAAUUUGUUGUGUACCUUGUUUUGCUAAUACUAGCUUAGCAUGCGAACAAUUUAUACAAACUAUACUAAGUUUGUAAAUCAGAGGUCUGUGGUUAUGGGUGGUGUUGGAAAUUUGGGUUUAUAAACAAAAGGUUAAUUGUGUGUGGAACCUCCAAUACAAAAGUAUUACAAGUGAAUCGUUCAAUCAUCUUUAGUCUUCCAUUUACAUUUCAAGGCUUUUGUGAAACCACACGUAGUUAUAUUUAUUAUUUGGUUAACUUUUGCCUAAAAGCAUCGAUUAAUUUUUUCAAGUUUCUACUGUUUAUUCAAUUUACAAAGCACUGUAGAAAUUUGCUAAAUUACUUGCAUUUAUUUUUUACUUUGGAUUUCUUGUUAAUAUUAAUUUUUGUUGGUACAAAUUGGAAUUAAGUUCUAUGUAGAGAUGCAGUGGGUUAAAUCAAGUUAUAGUUAUAACCCUUUAAUUAUUUAUCAUGAAUAUUUUAUUUGAUUGAUCUAUCAAUAUGAAAUGCCCAGAAUUUGCUUUAUCAAAAGAAUGGUGUAUUCAACUGAACUGUAUUGUGUGCGGCUUUUUAUCAAAACAUGAGGACACCUGUAUUAAAAAAAACUCUUUGUUGUAAUUCUAUUACUUCUACUAAUGAUUUAUUCUUAAGUUUUUUUUUCUCUUUUUUUUCGGCAUUUACUGUGAUGUUUUUUAAUGAACAAUUUCAUCCUAAUAGACUAAUUUCCUGUAUUUUAAAAGGAACACAAACUGCUAAUUUCCAGCGUCAUAAUCUGUUGCUAAUGUCUUUGUCUAACUGCCUUAAGCUACAAAAUCAAAUAGCAAACUGUUAAUUUAAUUAAGUUGUACUAAACGGGGGAAACACCAUACUUUGUGAGCCGUAUGAUAUUACCUGGGAAUAAACCAGCGCUGUUAUGUUUUCACGCUAAUUUACUUACCAGGGAGCUGAGAAAGAUUAAAAGGGACACGAUUUAAAGCGCAUUGAGACUGAUAUUGUGAGAUGCGCUUUAUAAGAACUUGUUAUUAUUAUAAAUGUACUUUGCUAAGGGGUGGAUUCAUUGGAGUCGGUUUUGGAUACGAGAAGUGUCUCCUUAGAAGAAUAAGGAGCUUACAACAGAACUUGUGUAAAAAAUAUUGUUUAUAAUAUGUUUGUACUUUUGCUUAAAUUAAUCACAUGCAUCUGCUAAUAAUAAUUGGAGGCCUAAUUAUUUUGUAAAUAUAAUCUCAUGAAAUUAUGCCAAAUUUAGAAAUUUUAAUAUUAUUGGUGAUGUUUACAUUUCAGUGUAGUGCACAGCACAACUGCUUAUCGCAUACUAUUAAAAAUUUGCAUUUAUAAAAUUUA